AUGAAAAAUUUUAACUUACUAUUACUACUGUUUUUUAAUUUUAUAAUUCUAAAAUUAAAAUCACAAUCAUCAGUAGUAUCAAGAAAUAGUUCUGCUAGUGAAGCUAGUUUUAGGUUAAAAACAAUGCAUAGAGAGAUAGCUGUAUAUAGUCUAAAUAAUUAUACAAUAUUCUCAAGAAUAUAUAAAGGUGAAAAAGUAUAUAUCUGUAACACACAGAUGUAUCGCACUUUCGAAACUGCAUAUUCAUGUUUGAAAAGACUUAAUUUGGUAAAUCGACGUAAUCAAUCUAUAAAGAACCAAUAUAAUCCAUAUGAAAAACUUAAUACUGAAUCAUUAUUAGGAACAAUACCAAUUGCAAGAUCUAUAUGGAAUAUAGUAUGGAAAAGAUGUGACUAUAAAUGUUUUUCUAUUAAUAAUUAUGCUUACCUAAGAGAAGGACUUCUGAAAGAAAUAAAUAUGUUAAGACAAAUUCAUAACGUUAAACCUUUAAAAAUGACCAGUUCAUUAACAGCAACAGCUCAGAAACAUGCUAAAAUGUUGUCUAUGAGUGGAAAAAUAACAUUUUUGCAAAAAUUUUGGUUUCAUGGUGAAACAAUUGGUGCAUCUUUAUAUUUAAUAGCAAAUACCAUGGUUAAUAAAUGGUAUGAAGAAAGUAAAUAUUAUAAUUAUAGAAAAGGUUUAUCGUAUAAAAAUUUACAAAUGUUUACACAGUUAAUUUGGAAAGGUUCAAAAGAAAUCGGAAUUGGAAUUCAAGGAAAAGAACAUGUUAUUUAUAUAGUUUGUAAAUUUUACCCAAAAGGUAAUGUUAGAGGAAAAUUUACUUCAAAUGUUUUACCAAGAUAA